AUGACAUGGAGGGACCGGCCCGUUAUGGGUGACAAUGGGACGGAAUCUGGGCCACAGCCGCCUCCUGCUACCGCCCUCACCAUUAGAAUAUCGUUAGGAUGUCACACCUCUACCAUCUUCUUGUCAACGGCCAUCCUUCAACAAGGGAAGGAUACAGAUGUGAUUGCAUCAUUUUAUAAAGCCAAACGUGUCAAGAACAUAGCUGUGCUUGCACAAGCGGCAGCGGAAGAGGUAGUAAUGUUACUAAUGAGAAAGGCACAUAGAGGCACUCAAUCAGAGGCGUCGGCAGGGGACGCGCAACUUAGGGCAUUGUUUAUGGCUUCUAUAUCGGCAAACAAUGGCUACGCACUGUUUAAAAGCUUUUCUCUCAAGCAAUUAGCUUUCAUAACGCCUAACUGCCACCGCGCGUCGGCAAAUAACGGGAGAGAGUUCCGUCUGUGUGUGUGUGUGGCAUCGAACAAGACGUAUUGUGUCCAUUUCUGGAGGUUGUAUGGUCGAGACAAAAGGCAAUUCAAACUAAUCGAUUACUAG